AUGUGUUGUUGGGUCGCUGUGGCGGCUGUGUGCUUUGCCUCUGGUCUGUUUAUUUGGCGUCAUGUGUUUUAUUUCCGUGUGAAUGAACGUGCACAGGGGGAGAGGAAGAGCGAGAGGAAAAACGCAUGUAUAAACUGCCCUUUUUUUUUCUUUUUUCUUUUGUUUUCUUCCUUCUCCCGCUUCCCUUUUUUUUUUUUUUUUUGUGGCCACUGUGAAGAAAAGAGGUGGGCGCAAUCAAAAGACUCACGGGGAGGCGAACAGAAGAGAAACGUGAUUGCGGGGGAUACGAAGGGCGGUGGACUAGGACUGCGGUCAAGGUGCAGUGCGAUGCUCCGCUGGACAGGUGGCAGCAAGGCCCGAGCGUCUUUUUGGCAACCCUCUGGAAAUUACAGUACCGGUUUUCGUGGCGCUGACAAUGACAUCCACGACAGUCGUUCCCGUAACAUUCAUCAUCGCCAUCCGACAACAUCGCAUGAGUGGCGUUCGCGACACCCGUUUUACUCGGACAACAGGAAUGAACCAAAAGGCUUCCCCAGAAGGUCUCAUACCAACAGAGAUGCUACUGUGGCAUCAUCGUCUGAGAGUGGCGGUAGGCGGUCCCCUUCCUCGGCAAGAAGAGAAGGCCGAGUGGGUGGGGUGGAUUGUAUGGCACUGGAGUGGUCAUUGAAGGCUGCUGCAGCAGCUGCUGCAGCUGCUUCUUCUUCUGCGAAACUGCCGCGGCAAGAGGCACUUGAAGGAUGGAAAAAGCCAGCAUGCAACAUGGCCGUGGGGCACUCGAGGGCGGGGGAACACCCACUAGCGCUCGGUGAUGCGGCGCACCCUGAGUGUCAAUACAACCACGCUGAGUCGACGAUGGCAGCCCAAAUGGGACCAAGGGGUUUGGAACUUCCUUGCCCGGGCUUUGGUGAGUUAAGUGCAGAGGAGACGUGGACGGAGCCGGCGUGUUCGCCGCCAUUUCACGUCUCUCCGUGGGAACCGGAUACAUGGACACUCUCGGAUGCCCCAACUUGGGCUCCGCAGGAGUGUUUCUUGUCGCAUCUACCAGAAUCUGCUGAGGAGUGGGAGCUGAAGGAGGGGAAUGAAUUUCCACCGCCUCUGAGUUGGGGAGAGACGCAUCAUGACCCAAUGAAUGUCUUUUUGGACCAGCGCACAUUCUUCGCCUCGUCCAACGUGCCUCCAGAGGACAAACAAGUGAAUGCAUUUCUUGAUGAAUCCGUAACUGCAUGGAUGGACGACGACUGUCCGUGCGAUCUGCUUUGGGAGGAGUAUAUUGAGCCUGCAGCAGCGAGAGAAGGAGAACGGGGAGGUGUUUGGGAAAUCCCUAUUGCCCCUGGUUGCCUCCCGGGUGCAGCCAUCACUCGCACGGGGGAAUCGGUCGGCUGCUGGACACCAACCCACUGCGACAGAUAUGCAGAAACUUCCGAUCAGGCGUGCUUUGAUGGAUCUUUGCUUCUUCAAACGCCAAAAGAGCCUUCUUUGGGGAAAUGCCGAUCGCCAGUGGUCUCAAGGGCAGAACCCAACGCGGUGUUGGCCCUCACCUCGAUGCUGCGCGGCAUGAAUCAAAGCCAAAGGAUGCCUUAUGCCCACUCCAGGGAUUCUUUCACGCAUUUAAGCCGCGGCCGGGACGGUCGACAUUUUGUGCGGUACGGUUCGGAUGCUGCCAUGCGGGAGCCGUAUGGUUUUCAGCCCCAUUCCGGUCAAAUUUUCUCCGAUCAGGCGCCUGCUGCAGCGAGGGGAGGGGGCAUGAGAGGCAGGGGACGAGGCUGGCAUCGCGGUUAUUCAUCGCAUCUUUCCGGCGGUGUUCCCUCCUCGAGAUUUCAGGCGUUUCAGCGCCGGUACCGCCGGGGCUAG